AGUGACGCCAUCGGUCGGCGCCGGCACGUGGCGGCGGCGGCGGGAGCGGCGGGAGCGGCGGGAGCGGGCGGCGGUGACGCGGAGCUGACGUCAGGGUGACGCCAUGCCGACGGUGCUGGGGCUGGAGGGCUCCGCCAAUAAGGUGGGGGCGGGGGUGGUGCGGGAUGGCGUCAUCCUCAGCAACCGCCGCGCCACCUACGUCACGCCGCCCGGGCACGGCUUCGCCCCCGGCCCGACGGGGCGGCACCACCGGGGGGUGCUGCUGGGGCUGGUGAGCGACGCCCUGGCCGACGCCCGGCUCCGCCCGCGCGACAUCGACGCCGUCGCCUUCACCAGAGGGCCCGGCAUGGGGGCGCCGCUGGCGGUGGUGGCGGCGGGGGCGCGGACGCUGGCGCAGGAGUGGGGGCGGCCGCUGCUGGGCGUCAACCACUGCGUGGGGCACAUCGAGAUGGGGCGGCUCCUCGGCCACGCCCGUGACCCCGUCGUCCUCUACGUCAGCGGCGGCAACACGCAGGUGCUGGCCUUCUCGCGGCGCCGUUACCGGAUCCUGGGCGAGACCCUGGACGUGGCCGUCGGGAACUGCCUCGACCGCUUGGCCCGGCUCCUGCAGCUCUCCAAUGACCCCAGCCCCGGCUACAACAUCGAGCAGCUGGCGAAGAGGGGCCGGCGCCUGCUGGAGCUGCCCUACGGGGUGAAGGGACUCGACGUCUCCUUCGCGGGGCUGCUCUCGCGCCUCCAGGCGCUGGCCCCCAAAGUGCUGGGGGGGGGGGAGGCGACGCCCGAGGACCUCUGCUUCUCCCUGCAGGAGACGGCCUUCGCGAUGCUGACGGAGGUGUCGGAGCGGGCGCUGGCCCUGACGCGGGCCCCCCACCUCCUGCUCGUGGGGGGCGUGGCCUGUAACCGCCGCCUCCAGGAGAUGCUCCAUACCAUGUGCAGCGCCCGUGGGGCCCAACUCUGCCCCAUAGAUGAGAGGUACUGCGUGGACAACGGGGCAAUGAUCGCUCAGGCCGGCUGGGAGAUGCUGAGGGCGGGGCAAGUGACGGAGCUCGCCCAAUCAGGGAUCACCCAGAGGUACCGGACAGACGAGGUGGAGGUCACCUGGAGGGACUGAUCUGGCCACGCCCCUUUCCCGAGGCCACGCCCACCAUGGGCCGAAGCCACGCCCACACCAUUAAAGACUCCUCACCCC